CGAAAUUUGAGGAAAGGAAAUAUCUGCAGGAAAGAUAUCCGAUUCGCUCUCAUAUUACAAAAUUGUUUUGGAUUGAAGAAAAUGGGAUUCGCCGUUAUGAAUUCACCGGUUUUGCGAUAUCCUUGCUAUACUUGUCUCUUCACGUCGUCGCUCCAACACCCACCCACAUUCAAUCCAACCAAGGUUUUGAGCUCGGAUUUUCGUAGACGGCGGAAUUGUCAAGCGACGGCUGAUAAAUCUGGUGUGUCACUGUCUGGGAACAGAAUGUUGGUGUUCGUCCCGCCGCACCCUUUAAUUAAGCAUUGGAUUUCAGUUCUUCGGAAUGAGCAGACGCCUUGUCCUGUAUUCAGUGUGGAAUAUGCUAAAGUAUCCCAAAUUCAUGAAGAGAAUGCUAUGGCGGAGCUUGGGAGGUUGCUGAUAUAUGAGGCCUCAAGGGAGUGGCUGCCAACUAUCAGCGGAGAGAUCCAGUCGCCAAUGGGUGCUACUGAAGUGGAAUUCAUUGAUCCAAGGGAACCCAUUUCAAUUGUGCCCAUAUUGAGAGCUGGCCUGGCUUUGGCAGAGCAUGCACCAUCAGUUUUGCCAGCUACAAAUACAUAUCAUUUAGGCAUCAGCAGAAAUGAAGAGACACUUCAGCCAUCUGUAUAUUUAAACAAGUUACCAGCUAAAUUUCCUGAAGGUGCUCGAGUUUUUGUGGUUGAUCCCAUGCUUGCAACAGGUGGUACAGUGGUUGCAGCUAUACAAUUGAUAAAGGACCGAGGGGUUGACAAUAAGCAAAUAAAAGUGAUAGCCGCUGUUGCUGCCCCUCCUGCCCUUCAAAAAUUGAGCAAGAAGUUCCCCGGGCUUCAUGUGUAUGCCGGAAUCCUUGACCCUACCGUUAACGAGAAAGGGUUCAUAAUUCCCGGACUUGGAGAUGCUGGAGACCGUAGCUUCGGCACAUAAAUCUGGCUUUUAGCUUAUUCUUCCCAUUCUUCAUUACCCCCAAUUUUGUUUGAAGCAAGGUAAUUCUACCGUGUAUUCAAAUCAAGCCCACCGGUGAUCACUUACAAUUUGCGGCUUAAGAAAUGGAGUAUAAAAAAAAUAUUUUCUACCAUCACAAAUAUCAUUCAGUUCCAUAUAAUUUUGCAUGUGGCUUGAAUUUCAUGACCUUAUAUUAUUUUGAUUUUGUUACCUUUGUAUGGCACUUACUUUUGUAUACUAUUUGCAUAUUUGAAAAUCAUUUUGCGGCAAA